AGGAGCGGACGCGCUCUGCAGGAGGCGCGCAGUCCAGAGCGCGGAGCCGCCUGCAGCCCAUCCUCUCCUCUGUCUGCAAACUUCAGCCAGCAGUCUCUGUCUGCCUGCCGUUUGGAGGGAGCGCAACUGAGAGUUUGAUUUGAUGGCUCUGGAAAGCCAAACGCCUGACUUGGUGGAUAGGAAAGACAUCUGUGUUUGGAUGUCUGAGUGGAGAGAAUGAGAGGAUGUUGGUGAAUGUUUGAGUGUUUUCUCAGAGGCGCGCAGAGCUCCGGCCUCCAGCUGUGAUGGAGAACUUCACCAUGGACAACCUGACCCUGGAGAAUGACACGUCGAUGCUCCACAACCAAACCCUGGGGGUUUGGCACGACUACUCCACUGAAUACAAGGUGGUCAGCGUCCUGCUGGUGUCCCUCAUCUGCGGGGUGGGGAUCGUGGGGAACAUGAUGGUCAUCCUGGUGGUCCUGACCACCAAACACAUGCGGACUCCCACCAACUGCUACUUGGUGAGCCUGGCAGCCGCUGACCUGAUGGUGCUGACGGCCGCCGGGCUGCCCAACAUCACCGACGCGCUGCGCGGACAGUGGGUGUACGGUUACGCAGGCUGCCUGGGGAUCACCUACUUCCAGUACCUCGGAAUCAACGCGUCCUCCUGCUCCAUAACAGCCUUCACCGUGGAGCGCUACAUCGCCAUCUGCCACCCCAUCAAAGCGCAGUUCCUGUGCACCCUGUCCAGGGCGAAGAAGAUCAUCAUGCUGGUGUGGGCGCUCACCUCCGUCUACUGCGUCAUGUGGCUCUUUCUGUCCGACACCAAAAAGUUAGUCUACGACAACGUGGUGCUGCUCACCUGCGCCUACAAGGUGUCCCGGAGCCACUACCUGCCCAUUUACUUCACGGACUUCACCGUCUUCUACGUGCUGCCGCUGCUGCUGGCCACCGUUCUGUACGGCCUGAUCGCUCGGAUACUUUUCCUCAACCCGCUGCCCGCCGACCCAAAGGGCGCCAGCAGCCACAAGUGGAAGAGGGAGGCGAGCCAGGCGGGGAGGAUGGUCAGCGCCAGCUCCUCCAGCAGCACCACGGCUUCUUCCCGCAGACAGGUAACGAAGAUGCUUGCUGUGGUGGUGGUCCUCUUCGCCGUGCUUUGGAUGCCUUACCGGACCUUGGUAGUGGUCAACUCUUUCCUGGAAAAAGCCUACCUGGACACCUGGUUCCUGCUCUUCUGCCGUCUCUGCAUCUACCUGAACAGUGCCAUCAACCCAGUGAUCUACAACGCCAUGUCCCAGAAAUUUCGCACCGCUUUCAAGAAGCUGUGCCAGUGCGGUCCUCAACGCAUGGAGAAACCGGCCACCUACAGCGUGGCACUCACGUACAGCGUCAUCAAGGAGACGUCUAACGGCGAAAGUCCCGACCACUUUACAACUGAACUGGACGAUCUGCAGUCGCCCACUGACCAAUACCUACAUGCCAGCAUUUUGCCGUGUGCCAAAAAGAUGCAGAGUGAGGAGAAUCGCCUCAGUGGUCAAGACGUCAAAGCCUGACUAAAGACAAACUUCCCAUCUGGAUGUGAGGGAUUCUGAAGAUGUACAAUUUGAUUUGACUUAAGUUUGAAUCAAAAGCUGAAAAAGAUGUGCUGCUUAGUUUCUUUUUGUAAAUACUUUAUAAAAAGGGAACAUUUGCUAAAUAGCAACAUAUUGGAAUGCGCUGUCAAGGCUUUUAAUAUUAUGCACAAAAAAAAAAAAAAGAAUAUGAUGAAUGAAGACUCGUCUAAAACUGAGUCUUCUGAUUCUUUAACACAGCGCUUAUAUGCCGACCUUUGAGUAAAGUUUACUACGACAGAAUAAACUUGAAUGAAACAAGAAACAACAGUGGAUCAGUGAAAGAAAAAAUGUGACAAACUAAACAUUUGGUCCUUCCCAUUUCAGUCACUGGAAGAAGGUCCCUAUAAUGGAUGUUAAAGGACAAGGGUCCCGUUUUUGUCAUUUUUAAGUUUAUAGUUUUGCUGUGGGUAGUAUAAAUUUACAGUUUUUUCUCUUGGUGCUCUCUUAGCUCCUCCAUCAGCCACAGCAAAUAGAUGUUUUUCCAAGAAAAAGCUCCCAACUGCCAUUUAAUACCACCUACCCAGCGCCUCAACACAGAAACGUGCAUUUGCUGGUUUGUCAGCAAAGAGGAAUAUUAACCAAUGAUGGGGCUUGAUAUUUUCCAUUAGUCAUUACCAUUUAGGAAAGCAUUGUAGGUGUCAGUGUUAGUGUGAUCGAGUCUUUUUUUUUAUCUUGAGGAAAUCCAGUUCUGUUCACCUCCAAGAGGAUACUCUCUACAAAAAUACAAUUGUUGUUUAAACAAAAUUUUCUAUAAUGGUCACCUUUUAGACAGAACAACAUGCUUGUCACUUUCUAUAUGGAGUCAAAUGCUUCACAUUUGUACUUAAAGUACCAUCUCAUUCAAGACUUUUAGUCCUUUUUUUACCUUUCAUUGUUAUUUUAUAUAACUUGAAUUAAUUUAUUCUCUGGACUCUCUCUUCAUUAUAAUUUCCCAAAGUGCUUGAUUUCAAACUGAUCAGACUGAAAUCAGAAAACUUUUUCUUGCCAAAAUGAAGAGAAAGACACAAUAAAACGUUCACUUUUCUUAAUGAGGAGUGCAGGUGGCAGAUUGGAUAUUCAAUCUUGAAGAUUAAAGGCAUACUGUUUUAUCCAGGCUGAACUCUUUUAUAUGCUUGUAAAGCCUGCUUCCACUCAGACAAACCACAUAUCCAGAAUGGUUAAGAGACCGCACAGAAACUAAAUGAAAAUAUGUUUGACAUCUUGCUGUUAUGCACUUCAAACAUGAGCUGGAUGAUGUCAGAGUCCUCAGUAAGGAUGACAACUCUUUAAUGAAAGUGCAGCAAGUGUUCAAUAAAACCGGCCAAGGCAGAGAAAUAAUUGGAUUAUUCUCUAACAUGCAAAGUCUGCAAAAGUAAUGUAACUUUAAUUUGAUAUUUACUUAAUUUACAAGUGUUUUGGUUUUAACAAACUUAAACGUUGUAUAUAAUAGCAUAAUGACACUUGUUUGUUGUUAACAUGCAGCCAAAAUACUUUGUCAUAAUCUGAAGUUAUUGGAAUUUUCUGAGUGAAAUGUAGACAGUUUAAUCAUUCUUCUAAAAAAACAGCUGUUAUCCAACAAUAAGACAUUUGAUUGAAAGAUGUAGAACUCUCCCUAGGAAGCCAAUACUUCCCUGCUUUUACCUUCAUCAGAUAGAUUUCCUAGUUUUUUAUCUGCCCAUGUGUAAAAGUAACUCUGGAGACAGAUAUCACCUGAGACCCCAGAGUGGUGUUGCAUAUCCAAAGCAGCUGUCGUUUCUGCCUCACAGUACACACAGAGAACAACAGAAAAUUGGUGUUCAUUUUGCAACGGUUAAUUACAUAUUAGUUCCCGACAUUAGUUCUCAUUGGUCUUGUAAUUAUGAUGAUGCCGUUUUCAGGUAAAAUCAAAAGCCUGUGUUGUCUUUUUGACAAAUUGUCUGCAGAGCAGCAGGAGCUCAUUAGAAAUUCACCUCUGGGUUGUGGGUGUGACUGCAGGCUUGGAAGUAACCCGUUGAUACCCCAGCAUUCCUUAUUUUUACACUCUCUUCUGCUAGGUUACAAACUCUCACAAGCUAACAUUAGCGUAGCAAAAAACGGCCAGCAAUAUUGGAGAUAUCCAGCUGUACAGUUUUAAGCCAGAUACCAGCUCAGACGAGGAAAAUUAAGUCAUUAAAGGAUCUAUUUGUCUUCAAGUGGAGGUUUAGAAUUGGAGCGGAGAAGGAAAACUCUGCCCCAACUGCUGGGUCACAAACCGGAGCUUUUGAAAUUGCAGGUUUUUGUCUGAUCCAUCACGAUUUGAAUAUAGAAAUAGAAAUACAGUUUUAAUCUUAAAUUGUUUAAUACAUGUCCUCCAUCAUGAGAAAGAUGCUACAUCAACAUACCAAAAACACCAUUUUCAUUGGAGUGGGUUAAAGAGAAUGCUGCGGUCACCUGCGCUAACCUGUUCACAAAGAGGUGAUGAAGCUUUUGAGAGUGUUAUGGCCUUUUUUAUCUAUAGGGAACCUAGAAGAGCAUAACAUACAAGUAAUGUUUUGCUCCAACUUUAAAUGAACUAAAUACAGCCACAGCCGUAACAGAGACUAACGGGUAGUUUGAAAUGUACAUGAUUACAUAAAAUGGAGAACUCCAAAUGAGUCGAGAGAGACCUGGCUGCAGACAAGAUGGUGCCUGACAUCAUUGGCUGGAAGCAGUACCUAUACAACUAAUCCAUAAAUGCAUGACUUUUAUGGAUUCCUAAAAUGGAAAAAAAACGUCACUGUGAGGGAUGCCAGUUAAAAUAAAGUUCCAAGCAAUAUCGAGGGAGUUCUGGUUUCGGUUGAGGAUUUCUGGUUCUGGAUGUUGACGUCUGCAGCCAGGUCCUCUUGAGGGAAUCAAAUAAUUAAGUACCAUUUAGACCAGAGAGUUAUGAUGACAUCAUUUCCAUAACCAACUUCCAAAUUUUGGAUUUCUCCCUAUUGGAUUUUUGUAAAUUAACUCAAAGUUGAACAUAUUUAAAAUUCAAGAAGUGGUGAACUUUGCCAGUGUUUAGUGACAUAGUCAAUAUAAACCAUAAAAAGUUUUGCCGUGAGAAAAAAACUUUCCUAAGAUCUAGAUUGUAAAAAAAAAAAAAAAAACUUCCUAUGAUGCAUUUUUCCUAUAGACGUUACAAUAAAAUGCAACAAUAUUGUUCAUAAUCUGAACUUUUUUACCUAAAAUGUCAAUUUUAGUGUAAAAGGAAGCCAAUAUAAAAAAUUUAAUGAUCUGAUAUUUGUAUAAAUUCAUGAAAAAAUUGACACAUUUUAGUAAGAUUCAUUUCCACAACAGUUUCCUGUCUUGAAAAGAAAAUAUUUGGUGAUUCUACAGUUUUUCAAGAAACAUUGUUCAUUUCUGGUAACAAUUAUUUCUUUUGCCUACGCCUGCAUUAAAUGAGUGGUCUGGAUAUGCUGGGAUGAGGUAUUCUGUCAAAUAGUGCCACACACUCACAGAUUUUAUAAUUUUCUGAAGAUAAUAAUAAAUAAUAAUCCAGGCUCCCCGUGACAUAAAAUGUCCCCCUUCUGUUGUACCGUGGCUUUGCAGUGUAACACAGUUCUUUCCUUCUUGUGUGUUUGCAGCUGAACCAUAUAAUUCAAAUUAAUCCACAGGAAAACCACUGUGACAUUUUAAUUAUGCUACUAAAGAAAAUGCUCAGAUUCAGAGUUACAUGACCUUUGGAAUAAUAAAAAAAGACACCCCAGCAUAAAAAAGGCAGAUACUAGACACUCACUUAAAUUCACCUGGAUGCUAAUUAAGCCAGCAGGGAUUAGUUUGAUUAGUCAGAACAUGACAGGGACACUGAAGCCUUAUGCUGCUUUGGUCACUGUGAAGGUGAACAUGGUGUACUCUCUGCAGGGAGCCUUUAAAGGUCGAGGGCCAGUGCAUGGUGAUGAGGGGAGGUACACUUCUGAGGAGCAGUCAGAGGCUGUUUGAAAGGACUAAUUAUUGCUGUGGCACUAAUUUACCGACCAAGUUUGCAGAAUGAAUGUCUGUUCAGAGACGUAUCUGAUCCCCACGGAGAAAUGACAGAAUGUGUAAAUAGGCUGCUGAGCUUUGUAUCUGUUUUGUAACACUGGUUGAAAUCGGUUGUGCAGUGCGGUGUGAAAUUCAUGGCAGUAUUGUGCUUUAAAUAAGUGCUUUGUGUGUGUGUUUUUUAAUGAUAACCUGUUUUGAUCUUCUGUUCUAUCAGUCAUUUCAAACCCGUGUUUGAAAGCUAAUCACCAAAGUGGAAAAGAUGGAACAUCAUAAAAACUAAAUCGAUUUAGCAUCUGUGCUUUAUAAAUUACCUCCAUUCUGUAGCGUCCUUUUUUUUUCUUAAAGAAUGUUUUUUUGAGUGGGGAAAAAGACAAACAUUUAUGUUGAAAAUAUUCCAAGUCAUGCACAGUAAAUGCAUUAGCAGCAUGAACACAUUUUUUUUGUGAUGUGAACACAAGAAUGACACUAUUUACAUUUUGUCUCAAGGUGGUUUUUCUCUGCUCUUACUGCUAAAUGGCUUGUUUUUGGAUUUUGUAUUGUUCUUUGUCUAUAAUAAAUAAGUACACAAUGCAGUAAAUACUGCUUUGUUCUUAAAUCUUGA